AAAAAAAUAGUUCUUUUUCUCUCCUCCAAUUAUGGGCAUCAAAGAAAUACAAAUCUCCAACAAGAACCUCAAGAUUCACGAACCAGAUGACAUAUAUGAUUCCCAAACCGGAAGAGCCUUAACCGGUUCAUGGGUAUGGGAUUCCGCCCCAAUCUUAUCUCAAUGGAUGGCAUCCAAAGGAAUCCUUCAAUUCGACUUCAUCGGAAAAACAGUUAUCGAACUCGGCGCUGGAACUGGCCUCCCCGGUCUAACCACAGCCAUACUAGGAGCCAGCCAUGUUUUUCUAACGGAUGUAGAAUCUUUGAUUCCUACGUUGAAUAAGAAUGUUGAAGUAAAUGGACUCGAAGACCGAGUUAAGGUGAGUCGAUUGGUUUGGGGAUCGUUGGAUGAGAUUCCGAGUUCGAAUGGUUUUGAUUUGGUGGUCAUGUCGGAUGUGUUUUUCGAUUCGGAUGAGGUGUCAAAGUUGGUGAAGACUUUGAAGAAGAUUUGUGGAGAUAAUACUAAGGUUUGGGCAGCUAGCGAGGUUCGACAAUGGACCGGGGAUUGUGUAAGUGUUUUGGAAGCGGGUGGAUUUGAAGUUGUUGAAUUGUUUGUUCAUCGGAGUGACGGUUUAGAUGAUUUUGCAAUUUAUCAACUUAUCCCUCCACCACUCCAGAGAAAUUCUAACGAUUUUUAGUUAAUUUUACGUGUGAUAAAAGUCGACAAGAAUUGAAGAAUAAUAAUUCUAUAAAUGUAUUAUUGCGAGUUAGGU